AUGGAAAGGGAUCGAGUUGCUGGAUCUUGCAACUCCCCUCCCUAUUUUGACGGCGAUAACUACGAUGCAUGGAGAGAAAAAUUUGAGAUAUUCCUUGAUGCUCUUGAUGAGUACGCAAGUGGGUAUCUCACAAAAGAGUGGGUUGCUCCGGUCAAGACUGUUGUUCGUGAGGUUGUGCCCAAGCCUAGGUCAGAAUGGACUGAAGCUGAGGUGUUUGCUUCAUAUUCGAACAAGAACGCCAGAAAUGCCAUAGUUACAGCUUUGUCUAGCACUAUACAACAUAUCCCUAAUGCUAAACAAGCUUGGGAUAAACUAAGGGUGGUUCAUGAAGGGGAUGACCAAGUUAGAACCCUAAAACUUCAGAUGGUGCUUGCACAAUUUGAAGAACUUAGGAUGUCUGAAACUGAGUCUAUUUCUGAGUUCUAUGGGAGAGUUGAGAUGAUCACAAAUGAAGCCAUGAGUCUAGAUCAACCUAUUGAAGAGCUUCUUGUUGUUCAGAAAAUUCUUCGUGUUCUACCAUCUAGGUUUAGAGCAAAGAAAACCGCAAUCAUGGAGGUCCAAAAUUUAAAUGAAAUUAAGCUUGGGAAGCUUGUAGGAAAAUUGAAAACCUAUGAGAUGGAGUUGAAUAUGGAAGAAAAUGACACUAAAAAAUCACAAAAUGUUGCACUUCAAGGAGUGCAUGUUUCCUCUCUGAAAUGUGGUGAAAAAUCCUCAGGUUUUGAAGAUGAGAUGGCCUUGUUUGUCAAAAAAUUUAGGAGAAUUCUUAAGGAUAAGGGAAAGUUUGCUAGAGAGGGCAGCUCUGGUAGUGAGAAACAGUUUAGACCAUCAACUGAUCAAUCUAAUGAGAGGAAUAAGGAUGUCAAACCUUUCACUAAAGAUUUUAGAAAAUCUGUCAAGUGUGGCUUGACUGGUCAUAUUCGACCAGUCUGUCAUAUGUAUAGCAAAGAUAUGACCAGAAAAUUGUCUUCAAAAUCUAAAAGGAAUCCCAGAUCUUUGCAAGAUCAAGUUGAUCAUUUGCUGAAUGAAGUAACAAAGAUUGCCAAACUUGUGUCCCUCAAAAUGAGUUCUCCCAUUGUGCCUAAGUCUACUUGGAUUGCAAGAGGUCAUACCAAAUCUCUUGUUGUACUAAAUGCUUUUGCUGCUUCAAACACCAACUCUUGGUAUUUUGAUAGUGGUUGUUCCAAACAUAUCUCUGGGGAUAAGAAUGUUUUCUCAUCUCUCAGCCUCUUUGAUGGAGGCACUGUGACUUUUGGUGGAGGUCAUAGGUCUCAAGUUGUUGGAAAAGGUACUGUUUGUAUCCCUAGUUUACCCGAGCUUAAGAAUGUUAGAUUUGUUGAGGGUCUCACAUCCAAUCUCAUUAAUGUGAGUCAGCUGUGUGAUGAUGGAAUAGUAGAAGUUAGAUUCUCCAAGCAUGGCUGCAAAAUCAUUGGAAAAGGUGGCAAUGAGAUUAUGAGCGUUGCAAGGUCUAGGGACAAUUGCUAUUGCAUUGAUGGUGUCAAUGAUGCAAAAGAAGUAGUUUGCAACAAGGUUGUAAAUGAAACAAGUGUUUUGUGGCAUCAAUGGCUUCGACAUGUGAAUUUUAGAGAUCUUGUGGAAGACAAAAUUUUAUCUUUGAAAUUUGUUCCCUUUGAAAAACAGCUAGCAGAUAUACUCACCAAGGCCUUGGACUUUCAGAAACAUGUUACACUUCGGCAGUCCAUUGGCUUUUGCUCAAUUGAUUGA